AUGUCACCCGAACUAAAUGAUGAAAUUGCAACUACAGAAAGUUUUAAAGAUUCCUUGAUUAGAAAUGGCAUCACCUACUCACGGGUGGUACAAGAACUUAGCAGACAAAGCCAAGCACCGCCACAACAGAAUGCACCGCCACAACAAAAUGCACCUCCAUUUGUCCUGGGAGCUGUCUCAAUGGUUAAGCAGUUUCGUAGGUACAAGCUUCCGACUUUCGAUGGUGGUUCUGACCCACUGGCUGUUGAGGAGUGGAUUAGAGGUCUGGAGCGCAUCUUCCGACACAUCGCUUGUACGGAUGCACAGAAAGUGCUAUGCGCAGAAUUUUUGUUUGUUGGAGUAGCUAGUCACUGGUGGGAAUCUAUCUUACGCACUAGGACAGAAGAGCAGCAAUGUAAUUUGACUUGGGAGCAGUUUAAGGAUGAAGUAAUGGCAAAAUAUUUCCCACAGGCUUUGAGAGACUUCAAGGAAUCAGAGUUUCUGCAGCUCAGGCAAGGAGACAUGUAG